AUGUCCUUUGCUUGGACGCGAAUGAAGAUGCGCCUCACGACGCGUUCAGUCGACAUAAUGCGAGCCUUCUGUGACGGUUGCAACAGAGCAAUGGCAAGAAUGUCAGACCCUGUGCGCCGGUUGGGUCGCCGCAUCGGGGAAGAGUCUCCGUGGGUAGUUGUACUCUUCGUGUCUUCUGGUAUCACUGUUUUCCCUCUCGUGUUCUAUCCCGUAUUGAAGCCUUAUCUGAUGGAUGAUCCGCGGUAUAUGAAGGAGGAGGAGCGUGUCCGGUUGUGUCUGCAGAAGGGUAUUGAUCCCUACCCAUACAUGAGGCACAAGGAUUACGUGUUUGGUAAUGUUGCCCCUGCUACGCAGACGGAAGAGGAAGUUCCCCUUAGCGCGUCGUGGGAGCACCAGGCAGUCCUCAACUUUCAGCGAGCGAAGGAGGAGUUGCGCAAGGAGGUUGGAGGUGACGUAAAUGACUCCGUGACAAAACUUUUGGCCCUUCGUGAGGGGCUUCAUAAGGAGUUUAAGCGGCAGAGACACGCCGUAUCGGAGGAGCCGUCGAACCUUGUGUUUCACCAGGAACGAAAGAUUGGGACAGAUAUGACAUAG